AGAUAUUAAUAUGAUAUAAAAAAAAUGUCUCGUUUGAUGAAAACAAUUCAUUUUUUAUCAAAAAACAGUGUUUUAUUUAAAAAUGACUUAAGGGUUUUGCAAGGUUUAAGUUUAGUGUGCGGAAGAAAUUAUGCUUUGAAGUAUGUUGAUCCAACAAGAUAUAACAUUGAUCAUGUAAAAGUUAUCAAAGAUGAAGAUCCGCUAGCGGUAAAUAUAAUUGAGAAACAUGGUAAAGCAUGGCACAUAUGUGAGGAAGGUCGAAACGCAUCUAUAGCACACACUGUCAGUGGGGAUUUUGACUUAAAUAACGGCUUAUUAAGAGAGAUGUCUUUAUAUUUUGCUGAUAUAAUAAAUCAAGAGGAACUAGAGAGCAGAAAAUCUCCUCUGGGAAGUAUAGUACCAAUUAAAAAUGGCGACCAUUUCUUGUAUUUUUUGGUAAUAAGAGAAAAUUGGUGGGAUCGUGGCGCAUAUAGACCAAUGCGUGAAUCUUUAGAAGCUCUUCGUGUACAUGCACUUAAUAAUAAUGUUAAAACUAUUGCUAUUGGUAGACUGGGAAGCCAGAAUGAUGGGCUUGAUUUUGGAGUGAUUAUUAAAGACAUAAAAAAAAUAUUUUAUGAUAGUGGAAUUACAUUAAUUAUAUAUCCGAGAAGAACAUAAAACAUUUUA